CGCGGCGUCGCUUUGCGGCGUCUCUGAGGCGAGGCAGGCGGGCAAGCUGGGGCUCAGCCAGGCGGGCUCCGGAUCCGCUCUGCCGUCCUUCCCGUGUUCCCUUCCCACCCCGCACCCCUCGGCGGAGCGAUGCUCCUGACGGUCUUCUGCCUGCGGAGCGACCGCUCCGAGCUCACCUUCUCGCUCCAGGUGGACGCCGACUUCGAGCUGCAGAACUUCCGCGCCCUCUGCGAGCUCGAGUCCGGCAUCCCCGCCGCCGAGAGCCAGAUUGUCUACGCAGAGCAGCCCCUGACUGACAACCACAGGUCGCUGGCUUCUUAUGGCUUGAAAGACGGCGAUGUGGUGAUCCUGCAGCAAGUGGAGAAUGCGGGGGUGCGGCCCGCGGCCCCGUUUCCCGGUUUGCCCAGGAUAGACUUCAGCAGCAUCACAGUUCCUGGGACUUCAAGCCAGCCUCCCCAGCUGCCCUCACUGGCACCCCCAGCGCAGCAGCCCUCCUCGCAGCCUCGCCCGUCUCCUCCCGAGUUCCCCUCCCCACCGCAGGGCUUGGACAACCCAGCGCUGUUGAGAGACAUGUUGCUGGCCAAUCCCCACGAGCUUUCCCUGCUGAAGGAGCGCAACCCACCCCUAGCAGAGGCUCUGCUCAGUGGGGACCUGGAGAAGUUCACCCGGGUGCUUGUAGAGCAGCAGCAAGAUCGAGCCCGCCGGGAGCAGGAGAGGAUCCGCCUGUUCUCCGCCGACCCUUUUGAUCUUGAGGCUCAGGCCAAGAUCGAGGAGGACAUUAGGCAGCAGAACAUCGAGGAGAACAUGACGAUCGCCAUGGAGGAGGCCCCGGAGAGCUUUGGCCAGGUGGUGAUGCUCUACAUCAACUGCAAAGUCAACGGCCACCCUGUGAAAGCCUUUGUGGACUCAGGGGCACAGAUGACCAUCAUGAGCCAAGCGUGCGCAGAGAGGUGCAACAUCAUGCGGCUGGUGGACCGGAGGUGGGCAGGCAUUGCCAAAGGCGUGGGGACCCAGAAGAUCAUUGGCAGGGUCCACCUGGCUCAGGUCCAGAUUGAAGGAGAUUUCCUGCCUUGUUCGUUCUCCAUCCUGGAGGAGCAGCCCAUGGAUAUGCUCCUGGGACUGGACAUGCUGAAGAGGCACCAGUGUUCCAUAGACCUCAAGAAGAACGUGCUGGUGAUUGGCACUACCGGCUCCCAGACGACCUUCCUGCCGGAAGGGGAGCUCCCCGAGUGUGCGAGGUUGGCCUACGGGGCGGGACGAGAGGACGUGCGGCCUGAGGAGAUUGCAGACCAGGAGCUGGCAGAAGCCAUACAGAAGUCCGUCGACGAAGCAGUUGCAGUUGCAGUUGCUCAAGACGCCCAAGUCAGAAGACGGGAGGAGAGGAGACGGCGGAGGGAGCGUCGCCUGUCUUCGGGAGCCUCUGCCCGCCACAGGACCUCCCAUUGUGUCAUCUUCUAAUGCCUGGCACGCCCCUCACCCAGGCCUUACGCAGCUUGGAUAAAACAGCGUGCCAGGGAAAUUGCUUUGUACUCCAGUUCUGACAUUAAAAGCCUCCCGUUCCAACAUGUCUAGCUCAGUCUCGAGUUUUGUUCGGAGGCCCCUGGCCCACCUCGAGGAGAGACAGGAAUGCUUAGUAGGAGGGCAAGGGGGUAGGGCAGGCAGCUUUCAUGCCUGUCUUGAUGAAGCAGUAGCUUUGCUGUUCCUCCACCUUUUCUCCCUUCUCUCUGCCAGGCCAUUUCUCCCCACCCCCCAGUGCUUCUGCCCGGGCAUUUGAGUGGGCAGACCCGUCUGCUCCUUACUCAUGGCUGCUGUGAUUUUGUGGCAUUAUAAUUCUUUACCUGAAAUGGACCAGAAUUUUUGGUGUUUCAGGAAAUAGGGGUUUUAUUGUUAUUGUUACUACUACUACUACUUUGUGCCCCCUCGGCUGGGCACUCUGUGCAGCGUAACUGCUUGCACUGCCCUAAAUUCCCCCCAGAUGUUCUUGGGGUGCCUAGUCCCUGCUUGCAGGGCCAGUGGUUGAGGAUGAUCUGCAUCAGCCUUCCCGCUGCUGAAACCUUCUUUCUCUGCCCCUUUGCCACAAGCCCUUGUGCCCCACAGAAGCCUCAGCCCGGGCUCCCGGGCAUGUUCUGGGGUCUAUGUGGCACAUGAGCAAAAGCCUUUAAGGUGAUUUCAUAGGUAAACAAACAUUAGCUUCUGGAAAGAGCAUCUAAGCUGCAUUUCACUGCUGUGGGCGAGAACGUGGUCAAAGGCUUUCCACAUCACCCCACAUGGCAACCAGACAGGCCUGGUUCAGCUUGACAAGACUGAAUGUGUUGUGGAGUAGUGGUGAAUGUUAGAACCCACCACUACUCCAAGCCCGUAGCUCCUAAAUGAAGGGUCAUCCUCCUUUUAUAUGGAAACCUACUGAGAUGGGGCAGAUGGGGCUUGUCUACCUGGGAUGGUAGCCCAACUAGGAGAAGGAAACCUUGGAUCCAAAACCUCCACUGAACAUUUUUGGGAGAAGGAAAGGCUAAGGAGUAAACAGAAAUCCGGAGUGGAGACCCUAAGGCAGUUGGAUGGCACCUUGUCAGCCUCCUUCCAGCAACUCCUGCAAGCCAAGCUGGUGCCAAACAUAUUGCUCUGCUUUCCUUUGGAUCACCAUCAGUGAGGCCAAGAGCAGUGGGGUCUUGUCAUCUGGACAGCCCAGGACCCCCAGACACACUGUCUGGGCUUGUGUCCCGGGGAGGUCUCUUUGGUGCUGCUUCAGUCCCAGAGGCGCACUGCAUUGUCUCGAGAGAGAGAGAGAGAGGUGCCAACAACAAGAUUGCCUUACCCCAUAUAUGCCCACUUGACAACUUUGAUCGGCUGAACUGGGGUUACUACAGAUACCAUUUCUGCAUUUGUAAGAAAUCGAUCUGUUAGUGUGUUAUCUUAGCUCUCUCAAACUCUUUACCGUAUUUUUGUUAAUUUUUUGUAAUGUGAUACCGUUAUUGUUUUUGUUUUUUUGUAAACCGCUUUGAGGUUUUUUGUUUUACAAUCAAGCUGUAUAGAAAUUAUGAAAUAGAAAAUAAACACAGGAGUCGCUCCUUGUGAUGCCCAACGCUCACUUUCCUGUAUGACACUCCCAGCCGCUUCUGCCUUGAAAAUCUUUAGCAAAGGGAAGCUUGCAUUCCAUUCUUGAGUUGCACAUUUAAAAACUGAUCCGCUAUGUUCCCAUCCAAUGUUGUUCCUGUCACCUCCCCACCUCCUGCAAGUCUGGCCAUCCUGAAUUACUUUGAAAAUAUUCCCCCCCACACCCCACAGAGGCAAUGCUGGAGGCCUCCCCCCUGUCUAGUUCUUGAGCCCUCCUUGGUUUCAUUGGUUUGCAGCAGAUGAUGGAGAUAUGGCCCCCCUCCCUAGGGACCAGCUGGGGCAGUGCCUGCGCAGAGUUAGCAAGCCCUGCCUGCACGCUUGAGCCCAUUGAAUCAACUAGAGCCAGGAAGAGAUUCUGAAGAGGUGGCGCAGAGGAGAUCUUCAGGCAGCCAGAGAGUUCCUUCCUCGCAGAGCGUCAAGAUCUGGAUGGCAGGGAGGCAGAGAGGAACCCAGAGCUCAGGCUCAGAAAGUGGCUCAGAAGAGGCUGGCCAGUAGCAUGCAGUGCCAAAAAUCCAUGCUAGUUGAGAAUAGAAGACAGGAGCCCCACCAGCGCCCAUCCACACCAGACCUCGACUGGAGAGCAAGCGGACGGUUCUUGACCCAUUCUAAAAAGCAAUUCAGUGUGCAUUGUGAGGCUAGGAUAGCUGAGCACCGUUCCUGAAAGAAGUUCCAGCCGUGAGGAGCUGCUAAGUUGCAUGCAGGAAAGGGAGGGGGACAGGAAAGCAGACCGUGACACAAGGACCCACAUGAGGGCUGCAAGCCACCUCCCGAGUCGUGCAUGUGCGUGUGUGCUAACCCGAGUUUGGUGUGUUUGUCUCCUAAUCCAAACAGAACGCCAGAAGCCUUGAUGCAUGUUGUGUGGGGUUUGCUGCCGCUGGAGUGGGCCACAGACCAG